AUGGCUUCCGAGAUUGCGCCGUCGCGCAACAGCUUGUCAACGCUCCUCGAGACCCUCUCAUCAUGUUUGACUAGUGCUACUUCCUCACUACCAUCAGCCCACAAGGACACACCCUCCGACAUCUCGAUCGAGCCUCCGCAAGAUGGUAUCUCCCUCCUCGAUACGAAAAGCGAAAUUCUUCUCUCCUACCUUCACAACCUCGUCUUCUUGAUAAUCUUUCAACUACGACAAUCAUCCCAAUUGAAGUCUGAUGACUCAGAAACAUCUAAUGAUUCGCUCCGCGAUGACGCCGUGAAAAAGUUGAUCGAGCUACGGGUAUUCCUUGACCGCGGCGUACGCCCGUUGGAAGGACGGUUGAAGUACCAGGUUGAUAAGGUGGUCAAGGCGGCGGAGGAUGCAGAGCGCUCCGAGCGCACCCAGAUUUCGUCCAGCAAGAAGACUGCGAAGCCCAAAGCCAAGGAUACCGGUGACGAAGUAUCCUCAGACGGUAGCGAAGACGACAGCGAUAGCGACGAGGAUGACGUAGAUGAGAUGGCGUAUCGUCCCAAUAUUGCGGCAAUCUCGAAAGCUAAGGUUGAGCCCAAGCAACAAGCCAGAGCCAAACGCGAAGAGCCCAGUGAUGGCAUUUACCGUCCACCCAGGAUUAUGCCCACGUCCCUUCCCACCACCGAGCGUCGCGAGCGCGAGGAUCGCCGACCCCGCCGCUCUAAUGUUAUCGACGAAUUCGUCAACUCCGAGAUGUCAUCCGCGCCCAUGGCCGAACCCAGCAUCGGUAGCACCAUUCUUGCCGGUGGCCGCGAAACCAAGACCAAGAAAGAUCGCGAGUGGGAGGCCGACCGAGCACGUUACGAAGAAAGCAACUUUGUCCGUCUACCAAAGGAGACUAAGAAGGAGGAGUCCAAGCGACGUGGUCGUGAUCGUCAAACUUACGGCGGAGACGAAUGGAAGGGACUUACAGAGGGAGCCGAUCGUAUUGAGCGUCUUACCCGACGGGGUAAGAACAGCGGCGCUUUGGACAAGAGCCGGAAGCGAAAGAACGAGGAUGGACAGCGCGAUGAUGGCGUGGGCAUGGGUGAGAUCUUUGACAAGCGCCGCAAGAAGAUUGAUAGUUGGAAACGGUAG